CUGAACCUGCUCUGAAGCUGGAAAGAAGAUGCUGCCCCAGAUAAUGGCUGUGGUGGUCCUGGGUAUCCUACAGUUGCCUCAUAGCAACUCCCAGGGCUGCCUAAGUGACCAGCAAGUUUCCAGCACCAUCCGGCAGAUGCAGAAGCUGCUGUCUUCGCACGAGGCUGCCCAGCUGCAGAGCCUGCGCAACUUCAAGAAGCAGCUGGCCAUUUUGCAAGGCAGUCUCCACCAGCAGGCAGCCAAGCACAAUGAGAGCUGUACCCCCCUGCCAGCGCCCUUGAACGGCCGGAGGCUAGGAAAAAGGACAUCCGUGGGUCACGAGGUACAUUUUGUCUGUGAUGCUGGUUUCCUCCUGGUGGGCUCUGAGACACGGGUGUGCCAGGAGAACCACAAGUGGAGCGGACAGCAGCCUGUCUGCAAAGGCAUCAACGAGUGUGCCAGCAACCCCUGUGCCAAUGGCGGGACCUGCCUGGAUGGCACCUACCGCUACAGCUGCUUGUGCCCCAGUGGUUGGUCAGGCAGCACCUGCCAAGCCCCACUGUACUCCUAUUGGGCGACGCUCAGCAACUCGUCCUUUAGCCGACAGCCCCGCUGCGCUGACAAUUUCCUGGGCUCACGCCAGUGCAGUUGCGACCCUGGCUUCCAGAUGCAGGCGGGAGGCCUCUGCCAAGAUAUCGAUGAGUGCCGGCUCUUCCAGACCAGCCGCCACACCCGCAUCUGCCUCCACAAAUGUGUGAACCUGCCCGGAGCCUAUCGGUGCACUUGUCCCAAUGGCUACCAGCUCCAGGGUGACACCAAUUCAUGCAACGAUGUGGACGAGUGCGCAGAGAACCAGCACAACUGCAGCCACGGACACACCUGCAUCAACGUCUUUGGGGGUUUCCGCUGCGUGCGGCCCGAAUGCCCCAAGGCCCAACUCAAUAUCAGCUAUGUCAAGACUUCAGCCAUGCAGUGCGAGCGCAGCCCUUGCCCCAUGGAGAACAAUGCCUGUCGGAGGGCGGCCAACUCCAUCUCGUUCCAUUACUUGCCUCUCCCGUCCAACCGCACUGUGCCCAGGAUCCUCUUCAAGAUGUCCACCAGCCGCUUUGUGGGAGACAGCCUGCGCUUCAGCAUCUUAGGGGGCAAUAGCCAGGGGAAGCUGGUUGUGCAGCGCUUGGACCAGCACACAGGGGAGCUGGUGCUCACCCGGCCAGCCGUGGGGCCGACGACACUGGAGGUGGAGCUGGAGAUGAGCGAGUUUGCCCGGAAGACCCUCCUGGGGAAACACAUCUUCAGGAUCACAGUCUUCGUUUCCCAGUACGAAUUCUGAGCCCCAUCCUCACCAGCCCCAUAGAAGAGCAUCAGCAGCUAUGGAGGAUGCAAGUCUGGCCUCCCCUGAAAUGCACUAGUCUGCUGCAAAAGGGGCCGGAAAGCCACCCUGCUGGAUGUAUCCACCCCUCUGUGCCUCUUGGAGGAAGACUCCAUGCUGGACUGAUCCCCUCUCCCAUCUAUAUGGGCAGUGUCCCCAUCUUGGGGGGACAGAGCAAGGAAGGCACAACACAGUUCCCAGAUACAGCUGGCAGAAGCUGGGCAUCUGUGCUUGAAAACACAGCCCCGUCUUUCAGUCCCAACUACGCAAAGGGAUCAAACCCACCAAUAUUAACAGGGGUGCCCCGUGGCCGCAGCAAGAAUGCCUUCCCACCAUUGCAGGUUACAGGAAAAAAUAGAGGGGGGGGGCGGUUUCCUCCAGUUUUACCAAAAAGAAUCUCGGAAGACGCUCUGUCCCCAGAAAUCAAAAGGCAAAUAACCAAAGUCUGAAGAAUGGCACCAGCACAGAAGCAUCCUUUGCAACGCUAAGGGAGAACUGUAGGCAAGAGAUGCCUGGACUCGAGAGACGGACCUGGGUGCUUUGCAAGAUGUAGUUCUUAGCCUGUGCCUUCCAGCAUUACAAAGCAUUUCUAGUUGUU